AUGUUUGUCCCAGAGCAAUCCCCUGUCCCAGAGAAAGGGGAUUUGUAUCUCGUGAAUGGUUAGUUGCAAAGGGUCUAUGUGACCCAUCAUGUGGUAGCUUGGUUCCACUGUUGUCGGAGACUCGACAACUAUUUUCAGUGAUUUGAAAUCAUGACAGGCGCAUUUAUUUGAUUAUUCAUCUAUUGCUGGUUUGAACGCGACGUUACGGCGGCCAUCUUGGUGGUCACAAACAAAAGAAUUUCUUUCUUCUGGGAACUAAAGUCUAUUUUCAUGUAAAUUCUUCGAGAAAAAAGUCUAUUGUUUUGACCCUAAUAUGGCCUCCUUGUCACAUGGUUGCAAACCAAGAAUUGUUUUGUUAGUCGUUCUGAGAACUUCAAGGUGCCUCACUCAUGAAAUGGGGAAGUUUCAUGGUGUUGCCGACAGGGUGCAAUCACCAAACCACGUAAUGCAACAGGUUGGAAAGACAUGGAACAAUAAAAGUACCACAGAACAAAAGCAAACCAACAAUGGUUUCCGCAACACAAAGAAACACCCAGAAAUGGUGAUUUACUUUUAUCCAAGAGUGAAUUUGAAAGUAAUGGAAAGGUUAACACCGACCCAACACUUUCCACCUUUUUAUUCCAACGUGAGAAAACAGCCGACAUCUCGCGACCUAGCCUGUGUACAGACCCCCUCCCCUCAGUAAAAAUUGGAGAAGGGGCGCCAACCCCUUCUCCGCUUUUAACUGAGGGGGAGAGGGGGAGUCUGUACACAGACUAUUCGCGACCUCUCUGUUGGUUUUGAAACGUGAAAGGUAGUUAUUGUAAAUCGAUUAUCGCCUACAUCAAUGAGAUUUUUAUUGAUCAGCCCACGGCUACUUUCGCAGCCCUUUUCUGUAAUGUCCGCAUGGGAAAUACGUAAUAAUUUCCAGAUGGUUUUCGAGCACGUUUUGCUGAUUAUAAAUUUAGUGUUUUCAGCAUAGUUAGUUCAGUUCUAGUGUAGACUUCAUGGUGUUAACUUCUGUUAGCCAUUUGGGCUUUCUUUCUAUCUACUACUCGUGCUCAUCUACUGUCAAGGUCAGUUUGCCUUUUGAACCAAGAUAACAUUGGUACGUGUGCAAACUAAAGUGAGUAUAGAUUUCCUUUUAUUUACAGUUUUUCAGCUUCGACUUCAUCAUAGUAAUAGUUUUCGCUUAGUUUUGGUAAUUUACAAUAUCGUUGUUGUUAUUUUUUCUGUUUAUUCGAGCGAUCUAUUUUUAGUCUUGUCAUCACUGAUUUACAGUGGUUUCAGUUCUUAUAUCGCUACUCUUCAACAUGAGUAUGCUGAUUGAUUGAUACCAGCAGUAAUUAUCGUCGUAUUAUUUUCCCAUAGUGCCCUAUGGGAGGCAUUCGCUGCGCUACCAAGGACCUUUCAUUUGGUCAAAGGUCAGUAGUGAGCUCGGAAACUUGACAAGCCUCAAAGCAUUUAAGAAACAUAUACGCGGUGUGGACCUUUCGAGCCAUAUGGAUGAUAAUAGUAACUGCUGUGACCUGUGUAAAUGUUGUGUCGUGUACAUUUGUACAUAGUUUUUAGGUAAGAUCAUUAAUUUAAAAGUCAUGUAAUAGAUUAGUGUGCUAGUACGUAGGAAAGUGUCCCCAAUUACCUAACUUUCAAGCUAAAUAGAUUGACACUAAAAUAAAGUCAUUAUUAUUAUUAUUAUUAUUAUUAUUAUUAUUAUUAUUAUUAUUAUUAUUAUUACUAUAUUAUUGUGGUGCUCUGCUAAUAUUUUACAAUUUCUCCUAAAUUUUUGUAUCCUUUCUGACUAGAUACUCACUGGUGAGUUUUGCUAUGGCUCUGGUUUAUUCAAGAUCAUUUUUGAAAGCAAUAUCAUCACCAGUCUCUGCAAUUCAAACGCGUUGCAGUUCCGACUUCUGGUGUCGCCUGACUGAACUCGGCAUUUCGAGAGUGAAACCAACUCGAAGAGGCUGUUGCGGAGGACGAAGAAAAUUCAGAAUUCUACCACAGCAACAAACCCUGCAGUGCGACUCUUCUAGGGACGAUUUAAUUUUUUUAGACACUCCACUACAAGAGGAACCCAGUGUUACCAAAGUGUUAUCUCAAUGCAGCCAAAGCAGGCGGUCCGGACGGUAUUCCUAAUUGGAUACUAAGGGAGUAUGCGGAAUUUCUCGCCUGUCCUGUCUCAAUCAUUCUAAAUGCCUCUUUCAAGGAACAGCAGCUCCCGAGACCCUGGAAAUUGGCAGACGUCACUCCUUUACCCAAAACCAAGCCUGUUAAGGAGAUCAAGAAAGAUCUGAGGCCUUUAUCGUUAACACCGAGUAUCUCUAAGGUCGCAGAGGACUUUGUCGCCACAGAGCACGUAAAGCCAGCUGUACUGCGCUCUCUGGACCCAAGCCAGUUUGGUGCGAUACCGAAGUCUUCGACAACUUUUGCCCUGUUGGAGAUGCUCCACGAGUGUUCUCAAGGGACUGAUGGGAACGGUUUGACUAUCAGGACACUCCUGUUUGAUUACAAGAAAGCAUUUGAUCUAACUGACCAUAGUAUCUUAGUAAGGAAAUUAUGCGCGCUUGACAUCGCACCUGGCGUCAUUAAUUGGAUAACAGAUUUUCUAUCAGCUCGCUCACAGAGAAUCGAACUCUCUGAAGGCUGUCUAUCCGAAUGGGGCACAGUACCUUCGGGCGUUCCGCAAGGAACCAAACUAGGCCCUUCGCUUUUCUUGAUCAUGAUAAAUGAUCUAACAGUCAGUAAUGCUUCUAUUUGGAAAUAUGUAGACGACACCACAACAUCAGAGGUAAUAAAGAAGUGACAGUAUAGCGAGGCUCGAGGUAUUGUAAAUAAGGUAGUAAAUUGGUCAAUCAGAAACAGAGUCAAGUGAAACACAGACAAAUGCAAGGAGCUCCGCAUUAGUUUUACAUCAGAUUGUGACUUUCCUCCAGUAGUCAUAGGAGAGGAGUACAUAAAAUUAGUUAAAGAUGCUAAAGUUUUAGGUGUUACUAUCUCUAGUGACUUAACAUGGAAUAUGGAAUGCGCACAUCACGGAAGUUACUAAGAAGGCAGCUAAGAGGCUCUAUUUUCUUGUUCAGCUAAUACGUACGUUCUUGUUCAGCUAAUACGUGCUCUCCGUCAUUGACUACGCUGCGCCAGUUUUCCAUCACGCGCUACCAGCCUACAUUUCGCAAGAAUUAGAACGCGUUCAGAAAAGAGCAAUGCGAAUCGUAUGUCCUGGUAUAGAAUAUCAGCAAGCUUUAGCGCUUAUAAGUUUACCAACGGUUGCGGAGCAUCACCACAACAUUUGCACAGGCACGUUUGAAAGCAUAAUGAGUGACCCGAACCACAAGUUAAGAAAGUUGUUGCCGCCUCUUUAUAAGAGCGACUAUAAUCUAAGGCACGCGCGCACUUUCACUUUGCCGCAUUGCAAGACAAAUAGAUUUAAGAACAGUUUUUUUAUGGCCUCAGGCAGAAUUGUAAAUAAUUUUUAGGUUUCUUAUUAUACGUUUUUAGUCUUAGCUGUUACAAUUAUUACUCAUUUUUACAAUUAUUUGUAUAAAUUAUUACCAUUAUGUAAAUACGCAAUUCAGCUUAUGCUGCAAUGUAUUUAAUAAAGUACCUAUCUAUCUAUCUUAUCUAUCUAUCUAUCUAUUAUUAUUAUUAUUAUUAUUAUUAUUAUUAUUAUUAUUAUUAUAGACUUUUAGUGUCUGAUUUUCUAGAGUUAUCUAGUUAUCUCUCGCUAUUCUGGAAUUAUCGAUUUCAAUCAUAUAUACUAUAUUUGUACUUUAUGUGGUUUUAGUUGAAUAAGUUUUCGUUCGAUUUUAUCGCUUUCAGUUAGAACCGAUUUGUCCCUACGGAGAUCGACCUUCAGAACUCAGAGACCUAUUGUCUCCGUCCAUUUUUCUGUAUCAAGUUGUGACCUUUGUGCAAGGAACAUUGAUCUG